UGCGCGCAUCGUACAACUGUCAUACUCACUCAAUGUAAGGUUAAGAUUGAUUUGUGCCCUGGUUCUUAACACAAAUUAGUAAAUAAUUCGCGUUUAAAAUGGGCAACGCAAUGGGAAAUAUGCCGAAUAACGGCAUCAACCUUUAUUUCCACCCCGAUGUGACGCCCGACCCGCUGAAACCACCAAAGAAUGAUCCACUGGAUGGCUUUCCCAACGGACGCAAACUGAGAACGGUGAAAACGACGGAACAGGAAAUGUACUCGGCAAAGAUUCCCUUAAACGAUCGCGAUUACUGCAUUGAUCAAUUGAUGGUAUUCCGGGCAUGCCGGAAAGACAACUGGCCUUUUGCUGUUAACUGCGAGCAUGAAAAACAUGUAUAUUUAAACUGCCAAUAUGAUGAUUAUGUGAACAGAAUGAAGGAAUAUGAACGCGAGAGGCGUCUGAUGGUACGCGCGAAGAAGUUAGGAGUCGAAAUGGUCGCGUGAGCGCUGUUAUUACACCACUUACAAUGUAGCAAAUCUUAUUAUGUAAAUAUACAAUAAUCAACAAAA